AUGCAUGCCACAGCAGUACCCCGACUCACUGGCCGAAAGACAGCCUUAUGGUUAACAAUACCAAUCAUCGCCGCAACAACGUACAGUCUCUCGAGAGCGCGAUUCGGCAAAGUAUCCGCACAAAAGAAAUACAAUACUUGCGACUUCACACACGAUCCCGUCGAGAUCCAAAAUUUACGACAGGAAUGGUUGAAACGGAACGACGGGUUAGGGUUGCGUGACGUAUCAAGAUCAUGUGGUGGUGUCUAA